CACCUCAGUGGUAGGCUUCGGGGGUAGUCCUCAGGUAAUGGGGGACAAUUGCACAAUAACCUUUCACUAUGAGUUCGUUUUAGGAUAUGCACAGUGGCUGGAUAGGAAACUGAUCACUGCGGGUUUAUCAGCGGGCUCUUUUAUCGAGGUGGGAGUUUGUGUAUACAAGUACUGGAUGUAACUACAGCCCCGCCUCUGACCUUGCUCUUUCCCUUUCCUUGCUUCAAAUUGGAGCUUCUGCAAACAGUGCUGUUCUUCAAAUCAGCUUGACCUACAAACACAAGUUAUCAUCCCUCUUCCCUCUUGCGACGGACAAUUUAUCCCGUUCGGCACUUUCUUACUACGAAGGGCCUUGUUUUUGACCUUCGGGUGCAUUCCGGGUCUGCCGCCCCCGUGAGUGGAUACUAUAGCUAUCCUUGGAUACGAGGGCUCCUUAGGGAAGGGAACCCUGACCUCUUAAGUGCUCAACAAACCGGUUUUGAAGAUGAGUUCCACAGAAAGAAGUGUUGUUUGUCGGUUUUUUGCUAGUGGGAGAUGUCGCUUUGGAAGUGGUUGCAAAUUCUCCCACAAUAACGAUUCCUCCUCCUCCUCCUCCUCCUCCUCGCCAUCUUCCGCCUCCGCCAAAGCAAAGGCCCCUUGCCAUUUCUUCCAAAGGCAUGGCCAAUGCAAGUUCGGCGAUGAAUGUAAAUAUUCUCACGACCCCAAUCUCCCGAAAGUUGUCGAAGAUCUAUCUGGUGCAGAAUCGCUCUAUCAUGGAUGGAGCCAGCUGCUGGGAAGAAAAAAUAUCCAUGGGCCCAUGCAACGGCCACCUCCUGAUCUGAUGAGUGACCAAAUGGAGAGGUUUCUUUUGGAUGCACUGCAAAUCCUCGAAAUUGGGACCACUGGAACCAUCCAACAAUUGAUUAGAGACCUUGGCUCUGAGCGUGGGCUUCGGCGAAUAGCUCAAGUCGUUGAGGCCACCUUCGUAUCUGGCUAUUCACUUCAAAGACUCUCGUUCAAGAAACAUGCCAUCCCAUUUUUGAAGGUUAUGGCCCACGAGUCAAUGAGGAAUUCGCUAAUUCUCGAGAAAGAAGUGGGGACUAUUUUUAAUUUUAUGUAUGGCCACAAUGGGCGAAGGGGCGCCGAGUUUUUUCGACAAGUUGCGGACAAUCUGCCAGAGCUAUCGAGAACCGAGGACAAGGAGGACUUCGAAAGCGCAUUUUCCGCUGCGAUCUCGGCGCUGUUUAAUACUCUGAAUAUGAAUCAGGGCGCAUCAGUCCAGGAAGCGUUUAAACCGAUCGUUGAUACCUUAAGCACAUGUGUCGCGAAGAACGGUUUCGAUGGUGUAUUUAAUUAUGCGUUUCGUGUUUCUCAAGACGAGCUUAGUCGAAUCAGGACUCUUCUCAAUAUGGGCGAUGCGAUCCCGCGAGCAAGGGGCAUAGCGCCGUUGCGACUCGUAAGGGACCCUGGGUUGCAGUAUCAGAUGCAGGUAGACUUUCCAGGUGGAUUGUCACGCGAGGGCCCAAGACAUGAUAACGACCACUCAGAUAUCUCCGAGAUUCAUAUCCUACCGUCAACGGAAGAGAUACUGUCUCACCGGAACGAAUUUCUUCCCCAAAGGUCGUUGGAUAGCCCUCAUCACCUGGAAGGUAUUGCACGGGUGUUAGAUUUUCAAUUCCGAUUGCUCAGAGAAGAUACCUCUGGCCAACUUCGGGAAGCUGUGCGAUUGGUCCACGAGGAUUGGCAAGAGCUUAUAGAGACCGAGAAGAACAAGGGAAAGAAGGAUAAAGGGCGUAGACCUCCGAUUCAUAUGUUGAUUUACAAGAACGCACGAAUUGAGGAAGUAGAAUUCAGUGCAAAGGAUGGUCUUGUUCUCGCAAUGACUUUCGACCAGCCAAGCCGAGUGAGAAAGCUUUCGGACGCAGCGCGCGUUGAAUGGUGGAAGAAGCCAAAAUACAUGGCCAUUGGCUCCCUUCUAUGCCUGACGGAUAGUUCGAAGAGAAGCACUUUCUUGGUAGUUUGUCAAAGGGAAGUAACGGAAACUAAGCCGAGGCAAAUCCCUAGCGUGGGACGCGAUAGGACUGUUUGGGAUCUCGCUUCCAAUCCUGAGCGGUGUAUGGUUAAGUUUCGUUUUGCUCAGUCAGUUUCACAAAACGAUAUCGCCAACACAUUCAAUUCAGUCACAGGAUUUGAGGGUUCUGAUACCACCAGGGCCCUGGUUGAGUUCCCGGGGUUGCUCUUCGCCUCCUUUAAUCCAGUUCUAAAAACCUUACAGCAGCUAUCGAAGAGCCCAAGCCUCCCGUUUCAAAAAUGGCUUGCCCCGUCACCCGUUUACCCUUACUCUCCCGAUUCCGGGUCUGAAUACACACUUGUGCCGCCUCCUCUGUAUAUGACGAAGCCGGGAACAGAAUUAGAUUUGAGUAGCAUUACUGCUGGCAAAUAUCCGUUGAAGUACUCGAUAAGUCGCCCCUUCAGAAUGGAAGAAUUAGAGGCCCAUACAACCCUUGACAGAGGCCAGUGUCAGGCAAUGAUUGCCUGUUUGAGCCAAGAGCUGUCGCUGAUCCAAGGGCCGCCGGGGACCGGAAAGUCAUAUCUCGGGGUGCAGAUUGUUAAGGUUCUGUUAGCAAACCGAUUAGAGACGAAAAUUGGUCCUAUAAUAUGUGUUUGCUAUACGAACCAUGCUCUUGAUCAAUUCCUGGGGGAUCUCCUUGAUGAAGGGAUAACGAAUAUUGUUCGCAUUGGAUCCCCCAAGCACGAGCAAAUAAAGCCUCUCGUAUUGAAAAAUGUCUGUCAGCGAUCUCAAGAACCCACGGUAAUAGAAAGGCGUGAGAUCGGGAAAAAUCGCCAUCGCCUGCAAGACAUUGGUGUGGAGAUGGGUGAUGUUUGCAUUCAACUACUUAACCCAGAUAAUCCGAGCACCUUGAAAAGUUAUCUCGAGAAUCACCGGCCUAUGGCCUACGACAUAUUAUUUGGCCUUGAGCAGGAAGAUGAAGAUGGAUUCACGACUAUGUCUUACGAGGAGAAACUGAAGCUUAGGCAAUACUGGCUUGAUGAUAUGAGAACUGUUGCCAGCUCGGAUCUUCUCCAGGGAGUUAAUGAGCAUAUCGAAUGCAGUGCAUAUCUUAGUAAGCAGUAUCAAGAGCAGGAACGCCGAUGCCUUUUGGCUAGUAGUGUUAUUGGGGUAACCACCACGGGGUUCGCAUCAAGAUCGGAGCUUAUCCGCUCUCUCACAUCGAAAGUCCUGAUCUGUGAAGAAGCCGCGGAGGUCUUGGAAGCCCAUAUUCUAAGUGCAUUACUGCCGACGUUAGAACAUACCAUUCUUAUCGGAGACCAUCAACAGCUACGGCCCCAAAUCAUGAAUCACGACUUCUCGGUUGAAAAUCCUCGGGGAGGGGCGAAAUAUGGGUUAGACACUUCGCUGUUUGAGCGUACAGCCGAACAUGAAAGGUACGGAGGUAGGAAGUUUCCUAUCGCAGAGUUGGAGACACAAAGACGGAUGCAUCCAUCCAUUUCUGCCUUGAUCAGAAACACACUUUACCCUAAACUACAGGAUCACUUUACUACGCUCAAUAACCCUCCCGUUCCAGGCUUGGCGAAGCGGUUGUUUUGGAUGGAUCAUAGACACCCCGAAGCGGGAGCAGACAAAACGGAAUUGAUACAAACCUCCCACGCGAACGAUUUCGAGGUCGAUAUGGUCGUUGGGCUUGUAAGACAUUUGUCUCGACAAGGGGUGUAUAAGAGUGGUGAUAUUGCAGUAUUGACACCCUACUUGAGGCAGAUGUUCAACCUGAGAAAGAAAUUAGGCUCGAAAGGGGAUUUACUGAGCGAAGUAAGAAUUGCCACCGUGGACAACUUCCAAGGCGAAGAGGCCAAGGUUGUGAUAAUAUCACUGGUCAGAAGCAAUGACGCCGGCCGUUGUGGAUUUUUGCGAACCUCGAAUAGGAUCAACGUGCUCCUAAGUCGUGCUCAACACGGGAUGUACAUUUUUGGUAAUGCCGCCACCUGCAACGGGGUAAAAAUGUGGUCAGAUGUUAUCGGUAUGCUCGAACAAGAAGGCAGCAUCGAUGAGACACUCGCGCUUUGCUGCCCCCGGCAUCCGGAUACUCCCAUAAAAGUCAAAACUCCUGAGGAAUUUCAUAUCUUCUCCCCCGAAGGCGGAUGUAUGGAACGUUGCGAAUGGAGACUGGACUGCGGCCAUCCGUGUGUCAAAAAAUGUCACUCGGACACACUUCAUAGAAACACGGUAUGCAUGGAUAAGUGCGAACGGAUCUUUAAGCACUGCGAUCACCCUUGCCCUAAAGCAUGCGGAGUCGCUUGUGACAACUGUGUCAUAUCGGUACCUGGAGCCAUUCUGCCGUGUGGGCACAUAUCGUCAACCCUAAAGUGUUUCGAACUCCAAAACCUCGCAGGUGUCAAAUGCAAGAGGGAGGUCAAGCGAAAGCUCCCCCUGUGCGGGCAUGUGGUGUCUCUAAAAUGUCAUGUCGAUGUAGAUCGGCGUGAAUGCAACGAGCCAUGCGGAGCAAUUCUACCCUGUGGCCACCAAUGCACGAUGAAGUGCAGGCAAUGCACCAGGUUGGUCGAUCUCCAAGACGGCCUAUACACUACCACCACAAGCCAUGGUAUGUGUAGGGUUGCCUGUGGAAGAAAAUUCGCCAACUGCAAGCACAGUUGCAGUGUACCUUGUCAUGGCGGCGACACCUGCAAGCCGUGUAGUGAGCCCUGCGAGGUUAGAUGCGCACAUUCACGUUGCGGGAAGAAAUGCUCAGAGGCCUGUGCUCCGUGCGCUGAAGAAUGUCGGUGGUCGUGCAAACACCGAGGAGUUCGUUGUGAAAUGCCAUGCGCCGCUCCUUGCGACAUUAACCCAUGUUUUGAACGCUGUGACCUGCAGCUUGCAUGUUCCCACCAAUGCCCCUCUGUCUGCGGAGAGGAAUGCCCAUCAGAAAAAUACUGCCAGGAAUGCGGAAGUGACGAAAUAUUGGACAGAGAGGUCGAUCUGAUCAUGUUUGAGACCUACCGCAAUAUCAAUUUGGACGAGGAUCCAGUCAUCGUUCCUAAAUGCGGGCAUUUCUAUACCUUGGAUACAUAUGACAAUCAUAUGGACCUAAAAAGGGUGUAUAGAUUUGACCUUGUUGGCGAAAUCAUUGGCCCAAGGCCGCUUGACGGCAGUGACGAACCGGCGGAUGGAGAUUCAGAGAGGGAAAGGUUGAAAAUCAAAAAUUGUCCGGAUUGUAGAGCCCCUCUCAGGGACAUCUAUCGAUAUAACCGUAUAAUUAAAUCUGCAAGUCUUGAUGAAGCCACACGGCGCUUCUGUAUCAGCAGCAACGUUGAGCUUACCAAAUUAUUUGAUGAGGUUUCUAAUGCCGAGGAUCUACGGGAGGCCAACCGGGGAGAUUUCCUACUUGGCCUAAGAACUAGGCCUGCGGAUAGCCGGACAGCAAUCCCCGUGGCGCAGUUACUAUCGGAUCGUAUGCAGCGCAACACAGGCCUUGCCAACCGACUGCAGGCUUACGUUUCCAAGGUUAAGGAGGAGGAGCAGCCUUAUGGAAUAGUCCGCCAACUAGUGCUCAACGCCGAAAAGCGCAAGGGCACACAGAGCAGCUUUGUUAUAGAUAGCUCGAUGGUCCAAUUCGGAUUCAGACUGAAGGGUCAAUUGCUGUUUUUCCAGCUACGUUGGGCGGAUCUAUGGGAUCGGCACAAGGUUAGCACCGACCCAGUAAUCCCCAAAAAUCUCAACAAGACACAUAGAAGCGGCCUCCUUAUUCAACUGAAGAAAAUGCGGAGGGAAUGCGGGGCACUUGUCACCGACUGCCAGGAUACAAAGAUGGAAAAACAGGAGUGCGAAGCGCGAAUUUACCAGGCGCAGUUCUUCGCUCUCUAUCGGAGCAAACUAAUCAAUGAGAGACAAAGCAGACCACUAGAAGCUAGAAUGGCCAAUCUCGGCCUUGGCGGACCCGAACCGCUACCCCCCCAAGAGCCGAUUCCUGAAGAUGCUGGGCCUGAGAGCCUUGAGGAAAUACGCCGAUCCCUCGACCACUGCGAAUACCUCUGUAGGAAACUUCCAGGCACUAUUGGUCCCCUGAAAGGUAGAGUCGACCAAGCUCGUCGGCUACUUGAUGGGGUCUCAGUAUUCUAUGCUCCUCUUAGUAUAGAGGAGAAGAGGCUCGUCCAUCAGGCAAUGAGUGCAGAGUUUAUCAGCACAGGGAGAUGGUAUACCUGUCCCAAUGGUCAUCCGUUCACAAUUGGAAACUGUGGAAUGGCCAAUCAGGCGAGGCCUUGCCCAGAUUGCGGGGCAACAAUUGGAGGAACAGGUUAUCAACUUGCGAGCGGUGUUAGACGUGCGGAGGACUUUGCACAGUUCGAUCACCAACACGGGAGUAGUAGGGGAUAGGGUUAUAUAUGCCGGUUGAUUACAUAUGAUUUGCCGUUUUAUUGCUUUUCAGAGCCCUUCGGAGGGAGAGUUUCAAUUCCGAUGUACAACGUUAGACCGUUAAGGUCAAUAAUUUGUCAUUUUCCUUUGGUUACUUCGUGGGGCAUAUAUAUUAAUGAAAUGUUAUGAUUUGUUUCGGAA